AUAUCUGAAAGGAACCGCGUCCUUGAAACGAGAGUAUUGACAAACAUGUCGAAAAUAUUCUCCGAUGCUCCCGCUGUGAGCAAUCAUUGACGCGCACCACGACGGCACUCGUGCUCGUGGCCAUCCUAAUAAGGGAAUCUAUUCUUAACCCGCUCCCAAAUUUAAAAUUCCAAAUUUCUCGCUCGCCUCAUUCAUAAUCCCGGCAGGAGGAGAAUCUCUCGCGGCCACGAAAGCACCGGAGGCAGCCACCGCCUCUGCCCCGCUCCCCCCGACGCCCGCCCAUGGCUCCGGCUCCGGCUCCGGCUCCGGCGUCCAGCGGCCGCAUCCGGCCGUGGCUGGUGGUUGGCGACCUGGUCCUGGCGGUGCUGUGGGUGUGCGCGGGCGCGCUGGUGAAGCUGGCCGUGUACAACGUGCUCGGACUUGGGGGCCGCCCGGAGGGGGAAGCCGCCAAGGUCUCGCUCUCUGUCGUCUACAUGUUCCUCUUCGCCUGGCUUGAAUCCGCCACCGGCGGCGCCUCCUACAACCCGCUCACCGCCAUCUCCGGCGCCCUGGCCUCCCGCGGUGGCAUCGCCCUCUACCUCUUCACCGUCUUCGUACGGGUCCCUGCGCAGGUGAUUGGGGCGGUUAUUGGAGUGAUGCUCAUGCGAUUCACAUUCCCUAAAGUAGGUAAAGGAGCUGCGUUAAGCGUCGGUGUUCAUCAUGGGGCUUUAACUGAAGGACUGGCAACCUUAAUGGUUGUUAUGGUGUCAUUGACACUUAAAAAGAAAGAGCAAGGGUUCUUUGUGAAGACAUGGAUUGCCAGCAUUUGGAAAAUGACGAUUCAUAUCCUUAGCUCAGAUAUGACUGGAGGAAUUAUGAACCCUGCAUCUGCUUUUGCUUGGGCCUAUGCUCGUGGAGAUCACACAUCAUUUGACCACCUAUUGGUAUAUUGGCUUGCACCUCUCCAAGCAACCCUUGUAGCAGUAUGGGUGGUUACCUUCUUAACUAAACCCAAGAAGACCAAGGAGCAAGAAGCGGAUAAAAACAAGAACAAGAAGGAAUAGACUUCAGGAAGUGAGGCCAGCUCGCUUUGUUGGGGAGUGGAUGUACAUACGGUACCAUCGCGUGGGUUGAAGUCCUCAUGGACAUGAAUUUAGGUUCUAUUUGGCUUUCCUUCAAGUGUUCCUUCAAAGAAACUAGAAGGAAUACUGUUAUUGUGGGAGUGGUGUCCACCAUUUUUUCUGGAGCAAGAACUCCAGAUAAUAUUAUCACUAAUUAUUCCGAAA